UAAGGACUACAUACUGUUGUUCACUUUGCUGUUUUGUUUUUUGUUCAGUGAUUCAGUUCAGUAACCACAGGAGAUGUGUUAAGAGUCCUCAGCAGUAAAGAACAACUUUGGGUCACUGGAGUGGAGAAAUGGCAGGUGACAAAACUACAUCUGAGGAUGUGCGCUCCUCCAGAGUCAUCAGGGUGGUUUUCUUGGCACUGCUGCUUGACUUGCUGGGUUUCACAUUAAUACUUCCCCUGCUCCCCUCCAUCUUGGACCACUACAGUCACACUGGGGACAGUGUGUAUCAGUCAUUACAGAGCAUAGUGGACUGGUUCAGAGGGGCGGUUGGAGUUCCUAUGGAAACGAAAUAUAACAGUGUUCUUUUUGGAGGUCUGAUAGGCUGUCUCUACAGUUUGCUACAAUUUCUGUCGUCGCCCAUUACUGGGGCUCUUUCAGAUGAUUAUGGAAGAAAACCACUGCUGCUGUUAACAACCGUAGGUCUCAUGGCAUCCUACAUUCUGUGGGCUUUCUCUCACAGUUUUACAGUUUUUCUGCUGUCUCGAGUGGUUGGAGGAAUUUGUAAAGGUAAUGUCAGCCUGUGCACUGCUAUUGUUGCGGACCUGCCUUGCCCUAAAGCAAGAAACAAGGGAAUGGCAAUGAUCGGUGUUGCUUUCUCCUUGGGGUUCACAUUGGGUCCAUUAAUGGGAGCAUACUUUGCUCUGAGACUCAAAGACGCUAAGGUGUUUUAUCAAGGCCCUGCCAUGCUGGCUGGCCUUUUUUCUUUAGCAGACCUGCUUUUUAUUUUCUUCAUGCUGCCAGAAACUUUACAAAAGGGGACAUCAGAGUCUUCAGGUAUUCAACAAUCUGGAGAUCUUCUUCACACUGCUGCACUUUUCAGUUUCACUGCUGUGAAAAGAACAGAGAAUCCACCAUCUGAACAAAAAAUGCAAAAUCUUAAGGUGCUUGGAUUGGUUUACUUCACAUAUCUGUUUCUGUUCUCUGGGUUUGAAUUCACUUUGAGUUUUCUGACACAUCAGCGCUUCCAAUUUUCUAGCAUGCAGCAGGGGAAGAUGUUCUUUUUCAUGGGCAUUACCAUGGCAGUGAUCCAGGGCGGAUAUGCCCGCAGGAUCAAACCAGGCCAUCAGAUCCAGACUCUUAGCGUGGCAAUUAUAUCACUUAUACCAGCGUUCUUGCUCAUUGGAAUAGCAUGGAAUUUGACACUACUCUAUUCGGGCUUAUUUUUGUACUCUUUUGCUGCUGCUAUUGUUGUUCCAUGCCUUUCAACACAAGUGUCUGGACACGGCUCAGCCAGUCAGAAGGGAACUGUAAUGGGAAUCCUUCGUCUUGGAGCUUUAGCUCGAGCACUGGGCCCUAUUGUGGCUUCUUCAGUGUACUGGUUGGCUGGAGCAGAAUUAUGUUUUAUAAUCAGUUCAGCGUUCUUUAUAGUCCCUCUGGUUUUACUGAGUCGGCUGAGGAGACAGAAGGAGGAAUGAGAUUGAGAGUUUUAGGAUUCACGCUUGUGUCAUAAGAGGGUCAGACCCACUGAGCUAUAAUAGAGAGUCUUUCCAUAUAGAUCAGUGGUCAGACCUCUUUUUCCUUUCUGAAAGCAUUAAAGCCCACUGAAGAAAGUUCCUCUAAGUAAAGUGUUUACAAGGGGGAAAAAAUAUUAAAAAGUACUUGUGCUUAUGAAAUUGGUUUAUUUCACUGUUAAAAAACAACAGACUGUAAAUAGUAAAACAAUAUUUCAUGAAUGUAUUUUUACAACACUUAAUCAACAGAUACAAAUGUUUGUGCUACUGUGUCAGUGGGUGCUACUGUUUUAUAAGAAUGACAUUAUAUAUUUGGUUAAUAUUGCUGCAUAUGC